AUGGCGUUGCGUGCUGCCCUCCUCGCAGUGUUGCCGGCCGUGGUGGCGGCCGAGAAGUAUGCUGUCAUUGCUGCAGGGUCAGCAGGGUUCAUGAACUAUCGCCACCAAGCAGACGCUUGCCAUGCCUACCAGAUCAUGUUGCAGAGCGGGGUGCCCGCAGACAACAUCAUCUUGAUGAUGCAGGACGACGUGGCCAACAGUUCCGAGAACCCGUUCCCGGGACAACUGUUCAACAAGCCGGGCGAGAACCCACCGGAUGUCUACAAGGGCUGCAAGGUGGACUACUCCGGUGACAUCGUGACUGGCCAGCUGUUCAUGGACGUGCUGACCGGUAACACGGAGGGCGCCAAGGGCAAGGUGCUGAAGAGCGGAGCCAGCGACACCGUGUUCGUGAAUUUUGUGGACCACGGCGGCCCAGGCAUCAUCGCCUUCCCCAACGGCCCGGUGCUUACCGUGAAGCAGCUCUCUAAGACACUGAAGACCAUGCAGAGCAAGAAGAUGUUCAAGCAGAUGGUGUUCUACAUGGAAGCCUGCGAGAGUGGCUCCAUGUUCCCGGAUCUCGAGAAGGACGGAAAGAUCCUGGCGGUGAGCGCGUCCAACGCUGACGAAUCUUCCUGGGGAACCUACUGCGGUGAUGCGGCCAUGGUGAAGGGCAAGAACGUGGGGUCCUGCUUAGGCGACCUCUUCUCCGUGAACUGGAUGCAGGACGACGAUGCUGGCAAGUUCAAAUCCGAGACCUUCCGCAGCCAAAUCUCUAAGGUGACGAAGUUGACCAACAAGAGCCACGUGUGCAGUUUCGGCGACGAGUCGUUUGAGGAUGAGACCAUUGGCAGCGUGGAGACGGCCAGCAGCCUCUCCGCGAGCCCGUCCGAUACGGCCCAGGGUGCUGUGGACGCGCGGGACGUCUACCUCACUCAGGCCAUGUGGGCCUGGCAGCAUGCGACGGACAAGGAGUCGAAGCAGAAGGCUUGGACGCGCGUGACUGGCAUCAUGAAGGACAGGGAGGCCGAUGAGGCCCUCUUCGCUGGCCUUGCUGCGGCUGCUUGCGCGGACGUGAACCCAGAGCGUUUGGUCCAAUGCCAGCACAAGUUCUUGCACGAGCGUAUGGAGAUGACCCACAUGGACUGCCACCACGAGUUGGCGCUUGCAGUGUAUGAGCAUUGCCCGGCCUCGGAGUACCACCACUCUGCCGGCGGAUGGAACGGCUUCAACAUGAAGUUUGCCCGGGUGCUCCUGAACAUCUGCGAGGGUCAGGAAGCCCUUGGAAAGUCGACGGAGCAACUCGUGCACCUUGUCCAGGAGCACUGCACCAAGGCCUCGCGUGACCGCGCCGCUGAGAUGCAGAUCCUUGUGUAA